AUGUCGACCCCAAUUCCACGACCACCAGGAAUCCCAGUGCUGGGAAACCUCUUCGACAUCACACCUGCCAACACGUGGUGGUCCCUCAAGACACUGGCAGAGAAAUAUGGCGAAAUCUUCCAGGUCAAGAUCCUCGGCAAGACCAUCGUCUUCGUCGCCAGCGCCGCCCUCGCCGAAGAACUGUGCGAUGAACAACGUUUCCAGAAAUACGUAGGCGGUCCAAUCGUCGAGAUCCGCGCCACAGUCCACGAUUCCCUCUUCACAGCCUUCCACCACGAACAAAGCUGGGGAAUCCAUCACCGAAUCAUCGCCCCCCUCCUCACCCCUCAGGUCGUCUCAACCUACACCGACGACAUUAACCUCUGCGCAACCGAGGUCAUCCAAAAAUGGGCAUCCCUCGGUAACAACAACAACGUUCUCGAGCCUCUCGUCGACCUCAACCUCCUCAACCUUGAAGCCACAAGUCUCACCCUCUUCAGCCGAAAACUGGAUUGCAUCCAAGCAGGCGGCCACCCUGUCAUCCAGGCCAUGGAAGACGCCGUCUCGGAAGCCAUCAUGCGUCCAACCCGCCCCGGCCUGGUCAACUGGCUCCUCUACUCCUCCAAAUUCAAAAAGGCCACCAAUACUCUACGCACCUGGGCCGCCGACACCGUCAAGUACCGCCAAGAGAACCCCACAGACAAGCAGGAUAUGCUCUGGGCCUUCAUGAACGCCAAAGACCCCGAAACCGGCAAGGGUCUUUCGGAAUCCGAAGUCCUCGACGAAAUCGUCACCAUGCCCAUCGGCUCCGCCACCGCUCCCUGCGCCAUAACCGCCACCAUCUACUACCUUCUGCAAAACCCCGAGGUCGUGACCAAAGCCCGCGAAGAACUCGACCGCGUCAUUGGCACCGGUCCUCUCAAGGACGAACACCUGUCUGAACUCAAGUACAUCGAAGGCAUAACCCGCGAAACCCUCCGUCUUUCGUGCGCCGCCCCAGGCUUCAACAUCGAGCCCGUCCCUCGCCAGAAUAAAGCCGACAAGUCACCCAUCCUUCUGCAAGGAGGUAAAUACCAAGUCGCGCACGACCAGAAGCUCAUCAUCGUACUGGCGGGAGUUAACCGCGACCCAGCGGUGUUUGAAGACCCCCUGGCGUUCAAGCCGGAAAGGAUGAUGGGCGAGGAGUUUGAGAACUUGCCCAAGGGUGUGAAGAAGUGGUUUGGUAAUGGCAAGAGGGAGUGUAUCGGUAAAGAGUGGGCCAAGAAUUUCUUGAAGAUCGUCACGGCGAGAUUGAUUCAUGAGGUCGAUUUUGAGGUGGCGGAUGAGGGCUAUGAGUUUGUGCAGGAUGGAUGGUUCCAGAUUAGGCCGGUUGGGUUUAGGGUGAGGGUUAAGCCUAGGGUGAGGGCUUGA